UUAGACCACGCCUGGCGUCUGGACUACGCAGCUCGGCGCUUGGAUGCUCACUGCCCUGCCUUUACCUCAGGCUUUACCUCACUAUGGCAUAUGGUUCGGACGUGGGCCCGGAAACACCGACCGGAACAGAAAGCCCCGAUCAAGAUGAUCAAUCUCAGACGGAUGUUGAAACUGUAGCUUCAUACAAGUGCUUCGUAUGUGGAAAGGGGUUCGCGAAAAGCUCACGACUGAAACUUCAUGAGCGUUCCCAUUCAGGAGAACGACCUUAUCAGUGUCCUUGGAAUGGAUGCACAAAAACAUUCACGCGUCUGUUCCAUCAGCAGCGCCACUACUAUAUGCAUACCGAUGAACGCCCUUUUCACUGUACAAUUGACGGCUGUACCGCAGCUUUCACUUCGAACUGCCGAUUGAAAAAGCAUGCAAGAACACAUGUGGAGCCUAGGCCCUACGCGUGCGACUGGGAAGGCUGUACAGAAAAGUUCUCGAAAAUCAAUCGACUUAAUAUACACAAGUCUCGACACCUCGGUGAGAAGCCAUACGCAUGCACAUUCGAAGAUUGUACCUGGAGAUUCGAUUAUCCAUCUCAAUUGCAAAAGCAUGUCAAGGCCAUUCACGAAAAUCUAUCUAUUUACACAUGUUCGCAUACUGGCUGCGAUCAAUCCUUUAAGCGCUGGACCGAUCUCUGUAAGCAUACAAAAAACGAACACACCACUCCUCUGAUAUGCAGCCUAUGCCACCAGGAGUUCAAAACAAAGCGUACACUUCGCGAACACUGUCAGACGCAUCAACUUGUCAGACGCAUGUUUAUUUGUAAAGUAUGCUAUUGUGAAUUCAGCACGUGUAGCAAUCUAAAAAUUCACGUCCACGCUGUUCACGCUAGAGAAAAGCGCUUUUCAUGCACAGAACCAGGCUGUGUAUGGGCAUCUGCAUACAAGCACUGCCUUGAUCGGCACAUAAACCGCGUUCAUAAUAGAACGAAUAUUGGGCCAAAACGAAAAUCAGCGUCCAAACACAAAAGGGAUGUUGCUGAAUUCGAAAGAGUAUUUCUGUGUCCCAACAAAAAUACAGGAGUACUCACGACCACUCACUGAGUUUGCAUUAACCUUCCUUCGUUCUGCAAGGCUUUAUGUAAUUACUGAAUGUCUCUCCAUGGCCAUGAUACUGGGAUUACAACAAUAUAUACAAGGGAUUCAUAAGAAAGAGAAUCGAAUACAGCAAGUAGUUAAAAAAAUUGUACACAUCACUUUUACCUUUUUCGGCGAAUAUUCCUUACUGAUGAUAUAAACUUCGCACACAUGUUCUUCCUGCCAUAGUCGUAUAUCAAUCAACUCGACUGUGCGUGAGACUUAUUUCUGUUUUUGAGAUUUUCUGUUCUAGAAGCUAAAAACUCGUCGGUAAUCACGUUUGGACGAAG